AAAUUAUUAAUAUUUGCAGAAUUAAAAAAUAUAUCACUAUAACGAUAAUAGUAUAGUCAGUAUAAAUUUUGCUGUUUAGUGAGAAAGUUUGCUUUAAAAAAGUUCGGUUAAAAUGUUGAAAUUAAAAAAUAGCUACGUCAUUUUAAAUAAAAAUAUUAAAUUAAAUGAGACAACAAAAUCGAAAUUGUUAUUAAUAAAACAACAACAGCAGCAAGUGAACACGUUACGCUGGAGAUCCACGGCACCGGCUGCUGCUUUAGAAACAGAAGUGAGAACCGAAGGGUCGGUAAAUAAAGAAUGGCAAAAUGCCAAACCUUUCGAAGAAAUUCCCAGUAUUGGUAGUUUUGCUUUAUUGAGGAAAUUUUUACCCGGCGGUAAAUAUGCCAAUUUAGAUUCCACACAAAUGUUGAAUGCUUUUAAGGAAGAUUUGGGUAAUGUGGCCUUUUUACCCGGUUUCUUUGGACGCAAGGGAUUUGUAAUCACCCAUAAUGUGGAAGAUUUUGAAAAGGUUCUGCGCAAUGAAGGCAUUUGGCCUGUUAGGCCGGGUUCAGAUUAUUUACAAUACCAUCGUCAUGUACAUCGUGCUGACUUCUUUCAGGGGGUUGAGGGUUUACUAUCAACACAAGGAGAAACCUGGGGUAAAUUUCGUUCUACUGUCAAUCCGGUAAUGAUGCAACCCAAAAAUGUUCGCUUGUAUUUGCAUAAAAUGUCUCAAGUCAAUAAGGAAUUUAUAGAAAGAAUACGUCAAAUACGUGAUCCACAAACACUUGAAGUUCCCGAUACCUUUGAGGAAGAAAUGAAUCGCUGGACCUUAGAAUCCGUUUCUGUUGUGGCUCUAGACAAACAAUUGGGUUUGAUAACUAAAAAUCGCGAUAAUCCUGCUGCUAAAGAACUAUUUCAGGCCUUAAAUGACUUCUUUACGUAUUCGGUGGAAGUGGAAUUUAAACCCUCCAUCUGGAGAUAUUAUAAAACACCAACAUUUAAGAAACUAAUGGCAGCUUUAGAUAAAAUUGUCGAUAUCACGAGUUCGUAUGUUAAUGAGGCUAUUGAACGCAUCGAAGAGGAUGGAGAGGAUAAGAAUGGAGUGCCCGAAAAGCCAGAAAAUGAAAAAAGUGUUUUGGAAAAGCUAGUUAAAAUCGAUAAGAGAAUAGCCAUAGUAAUGGCCAUGGACAUGUUAAUGGCGGGAGUGGAUACGACUUCUUCGACAUUUACCGGUUUGCUGUUGUGUAUGGCUAAAAAUCCCGAGAAACAGCAGAAACUACGCGAAGAGGUAUUGAAAGUUUUACCCCACAAGGACUCUGAGUUUAAUGAGAAUAGUAUUAAAAAUAUGCCCUAUUUGAGAGCCUGUAUUAAAGAAUCUCUUCGUUAUUAUCCCUUGAUCGUUGGUAAUGCCCGUGUGCCCGUUGAAGAUGUGGUAGUUAGUGGCUAUCGGGUACCUAAGGGUACACAAGUGUCUAUGUGCGCAACCUCUUUGACUCGUGAUGCUAAUCAUUAUCCUCGUCCUAAUGAAUAUUUACCCGAACGUUGGCUGAGAUCCGACAAAGAAACCAAUGAUAGUACAGCGUGCCCUCAUUCCUUAAAGCCUAGUACUCCCUUCUUGCAUUUACCUUUCGGUUUUGGGGCUCGUAGUUGCAUUGGCCGUCGUAUUGUUGAAAUGGAACUAGAAUUGGGUAUUGCUCGUAUGGUGCGUAACUAUCAGAUUGAGUUUAAUUAUCCCACGGAAAAUGCCUUUAAAAGUCUGCUUAUAAGUGUUCCCAAUAUUCCCUUAAAAUUUAAAUUUACCGAUUUGGAUUAUUGAGGCAACCUAUGUGGAUAUUAGUUUAUAAUUUUAAGAAUUGGAAGGUCUGAGGUCUAACAUGAUAGGCAUAAGAAAAAUUAAAUGUAAAAUUCUUUUUAAUGUAAAUGAUUGUAUAUUUUAGAUUACACAUUAUAAUUUAAACGAUAAGAUAUGACUUUUUUUGUAAUGAUUGUCAUUAGAUAGAUGACUAAACAUACUGAUAACGAUUUAAGUACUUUAUAAUAAUAGGGGUAUUAACCCUAAAUCUAUUAAGAUAUUGGCAAA